CCAGAGGCCCGGUUAGCUCCGCCCAAGUGAGGGCUGCGCUCUCCAAAGUUCCAUCCCUGCUCCCAAAGGGCUUCUCUUCAUGCUGUGCCCUUCCUGGUCAGGUUGAACGAAUCCCAGGUUCAAGCUGAAAAUGCCUGUCCUGUGGCUGAUGCGCCAAGCCUCCCGAACAGGGACUCCAGUGUAUUUGAGUCUUUCCCGACAUCUCAGCAGCACAGUCCCCAGAGCAUCCUACAAAUAUGUGAAUGCAAAGGAGGAGCCAACAGAUUUUAAAUCAAUCACUGAUAAGGCUGCACAGACACUCCUAUGGACAGAACUUAUCCGAGGUUUGGCUAUGACCAUGAGCUACUUGUUCAGGGAACCUGCCACUAUCAACUAUCCCUUUGAGAAGGGUCCCUUGAGCCCCCGUUUCCGAGGGGAGCAUGCCCUGCGCAGAUACCCAUCAGGAGAGGAGAGGUGUAUUGCUUGCAAGCUCUGUGAAGCUGUAUGCCCUGCUCAGGCAAUAACAAUUGAGGCAGAACCCCGUGCUGAUGGCAGCCGCAGAACUACACGCUACGACAUAGACAUGACCAAGUGCAUUUAUUGUGGAUUCUGUCAGGAGGCCUGCCCUGUUGAUGCCAUCGUGGAGGGUCCGAACUUUGAGUUCUCUACUGAAACACACGAAGAGCUUCUCUACAACAAGGAAAAGUUGCUCAACAAUGGUGACAAGUGGGAAGCUGAGAUUGCUGCUAAUAUCCAAGCUGACUAUUUGUAUCGAUGAUGGAGCACUUACUUCAACCUUCACACAUCCUAACCAGCCAGUUCAUCAGAAUCCAAACCUGCAAUAAAGGACACGCACCCAU